AUGGUAGCACAAAUGUCUUUAUUAGAUAUGAAUUGUCAUGAGAAUAAAGAAUCUAUAGAAAGUAGUGAAUGGUCUCGAAAAAGUCUAACUGGUUUUAGUGAAAACGAUGAGAUUAAAAAGCACUAUUCUUCUGAUAUACAAAAACAAGUAACCCCAAAUCUUCUGCUAAGGACUAAAAAUUUCAUGAAGAAACACCAUAGUUGCAUUGAUACCCCUCCAGCUCAUUGGAUAUCAGCACCAGUGGCCUUAACACCAAAUCGUGAUUUAGUUCACAGUUGUUCUUCCAUAGAGAACGAAGUUUGUUCUUUGGUUAAUCAGGUACAGAGUACAGACUUUAUCACUUCAGUACAAUAUGCUCCUAAAUGUUAUAUAAAAUCACUUGAUUACGCACCUUCAUUUAGAACCCUAUUUAAUGAGAUUAAUAACCCACCAGAACUACCGAAAUUCGAAGAUAACCUAACUGCUACAGUGAGUGAAGUGCGUACGUGGAUAAACAAAAUAAUAGACGACAGCUAGUAAGAUUCUAUCACAGAUAUGAAGAUCAUAAUAUAUGUUUUUUUUGGAAUUGAUACAUUAGAAAAAACUGUGCUUACUGGUUUCUUUUUUUACUAAAAUGAACUUAAUAUAAUCUUUUAUGUGUUGAA